AUGCCUCGUGUCAAAAUAGACUAUGUGGUCAGUUUCAGCAGUGAGGACCCCGAUAAUCAAGCUAGUAACUUGCUGGCAUGGGAUAUAAGCAAGAAAAAAUGGCUAUGUAACAAAGGAGAAUUAUCAUGCUCAGUCGUACUACAGUUGGUUAAAGCAGUGAAGAUCGAGUCCAUCAAUAUUGGGGCUCAUCACGCUGCUUUGAUUGAAGUAUUGGUUGGACUCUCAGAGAAGCCUAAUGAACCUUUCCAGGUGUUAGUUCCAAACAGCGUGUUGCUAACCCCGGUGGAGUCGCGUCGAGAAGAUGGUAUAGAAAAAGUAAGAAGCUUUAGCGGGACUCAGCUAACUAGCGACGCGGCGCGGCGGCGCUGGGACCGGGUGCGCGUCGUGUGUUCACAGCCUUAUAAUAAACAUUGCAAGUUUGGCUUAUCAUUCAUCCAUAUAUUCGAGCCGGAAGAGGCAAACAAGGCGCCCGCGCCCGCCCCCGCGCUCCCCUCCCGCCUGCUCCAGUUGGAAACGUAUUCUUCUGAUGAAGAGGAGUUCAGACCAGGCGAGCUCUUUGCCCAAUCACAGAGUCAAAAUAGUACAAGUACAGAUGCUCAAAUAAGACAGGCUUCCUCACAAGCAUUAAAAAAUAUUUCUGAUACUGCCACGAAAUUAUUAAAAACACCAAUUUCAAAAACUAAUACUAAUAAAGAUCAAAAUCGCGUAAGCAACGAAUGUUCUAACCGACGAAAAGAUAGCCUUCUGUACAACGAUGAUGAUGAAAAGCCUCAUGCCAAAAUAGACCAUGUCGUACAAAGACAUAACGACAAGAAGGAAAAAGAAAGUAAACAAACAGAAAGCACUAAAAAAGACAAUAAUAAUGGUAAAACAAAUAACAAAAAAGAUUCUUCUAAUAGCAACACAAGUUUAGUAAAAGAUAAGAAACUCGAUGAAAGAAAAAAAACUCCCGACAAGAAGAAAAAUAGUUCUUUUGAUGAUUCUUCUAGUGCCAGUCAGAAGAAAAGAAAGAGAUCUGAAGAUAAUGCAACCACCUUGGUACCAGGACCUAUAUGUACGUCACCGGGUGACGUGCUAAAGGGCGUAGUGUUCGCACUCAGCGGGUACGCAAACCCGCGCCGCGCCGCGCUGCGCACCGCCGCCGCCGCGCUGGGCGCCCGGUACCUGCAGGACUGGCAGCCGUCUUGUACGCAUCUUAUCUGUGCGUUCCCCAACACGCCCAAGCUGCGCGCGGUGCGUGCAUCGCGCAGUGCCACGGUGGCGGUGACGGGCGAGUGGGUGGAGGCGUGCGCGCGCGCGCACCGCCGCCUGCCGUGGCAGUGGUACGCUACAGAGCACCACUUGCGUGUGGACGCGCCCGCUGAUUGGGACAAGGUGUGUGAGGAAGAACAGGAAGUGGACACUGACGAUGAAAUUGAAAAAGUACUGAAACAGCAAAAGAAAAAACGCCUCAAAUCCCCCUCUCCCGACACUCCUGACACCAUAGAUAUAACACCAGACAUUGCCAACACAUCCGCAACAAAUCCUGACCGAGAUAACAGAUCUCAAGAUAACAAAGAGCAAUCCGAAGAUACAACUGAUGAUGCGAAUGUAUCCCGAGAUUCAGACAUUGCGUUUGUGAAAGAUGAACGCAUAAAAGCAAAUAUAACUAUAUUUGAAAGCGAUUCAGAUACUGAAGAAGACACGACAGAAAUAGAUGAGGAUAUGAUAGAAGAUAAGGAAUUGCCCAAUUUCUUCGAUGGCUACACGUUCCUCAUCGACGAAGUGUUGGAAGGUGGCUACGACCGCGCCCUUAUAGAGCGCUAUAUACGAGCAUAUGGCGGCCUCGUACAACGGGAAGACGCGUUGCUAGACUCAAACGCGGUGCACUACCGCAUUGGCAGCGCGCUGCGUCCGGAGUGGGUGUGGCGCUGCCACCGCGCCCGCGCACGUGUCGACACUCAGCCCUUUGAAGUUAAGACC